GAAGUCAGUCCGCAUCGCACGACAUGAGGGCACAAGGAGCUUUGCGGCAGCAGCUCAGAGCCUUUGGCUCUUUGCUCAAUGGCUCGCGAUGCGUCCGUCCAAUGGCCGCCGAGAUGCAGAAGUGCUCUGCCUGGCAACCAUUCGGCGCGGCCAUCAAAGCAUCACGCAAUGUGGAAUCACGCCGUCAUCAAUCCGGAACGGCAUCUGCAAUGCUUGAAGCCGCUGCGGCGGAGCCUCAAGCUCUGGCUCAGGAGACAAUUAUCAAGAACCUGAGCUCUGAGGAGGCUCAGCGUUUGUCAAAAGUGCGAAACAUUGGUAUCGCUGCUCACAUUGACAGCGGCAAAACUACGGCUACCGAACGUGUUCUCUUCUACACUGGCAGAAUCAAGUCGAUACAUGAAGUCCGCGGCAAAGAUGCCGUUGGCGCUAAAAUGGAUUCCAUGGAACUCGAACGUGAAAAGGGUAUUACUAUCCAAUCGGCUGCUACAUUUUGCGACUGGGUCAAGAAUGAAGACGGCAAGGACGAAACGUACCACAUCAACUUAAUUGACACUCCUGGUCACAUUGAUUUCACCAUUGAGGUCGAGCGAGCUCUCCGUGUUCUUGACGGUGCAGUCAUGAUUCUCUGCGCUGUUUCCGGUGUCCAAUCUCAGACGAUGACUGUCGAUCGGCAAAUGCGUCGGUACAAUGUUCCCAGAAUCUCUUUUAUCAACAAGAUGGACCGUAUGGGCGCGAACCCGUUCAAGGCUGUCGAGCAGAUCAACCAGAAGCUCAAGAUUCCCGCGGCUGCUCUCCAGGUUCCCAUUGGUACUGAGGAUGACUUUAGAGGUGUCGUGGACCUGAUUCACAUGAAGGCCAUCUACAAUGAGGGUUCCAAGGGUGAGACUAUCGUGGUCAAGGAUGAGAUCCCCGAAGAAGUCCGCGCCCUGGCCGAAGAAAAGCGCCGUGUCAUGAUCGAAACUGUUGCCGAUGUCGAUGAGGAAAUCGCCGAGCUUUUCUUGGACGAGCAGAUGCCUACGCCCGAACAGCUCAAGGCUGCCAUUCGCCGUGCCACCAUCUCGCUCAAGUUCACUCCCGUGCUCAUGGGUUCCGCUCUGGCCGACACCGCGGUGCAGCCCAUGCUCGAUGCCGUCUGCGACUACUUGCCCAACCCGUCCGAGGUCGAGAAUCUUGCUCUGGACGCCCGCCGUCAGGAGGCCCAGGUCAAACUCGUCCCGUACAACGAGCUUCCCUUUGUUGGUCUGGCUUUCAAGCUCGAAGAGAGCAACUACGGCCAGCUCACCUACAUGCGUGUCUACCAAGGUACUCUGCGCAAGGGUAUGAACGUGUUCAACGCUCGUACGGACAAGAAGGUCAAGGUUCCCCGUAUUGUUCGCAUGCACUCCAACGAAAUGGAAGAAAUCCCCGAGAUUGGCGCUGGUGAAAUCUGCGCCGUAUUCGGUGUCGACUGCGCCUCGGGCGAUACCUUCACCGAUGGCACCCUCGGAUACACCAUGUCGUCCAUGUUCGUUCCCGAAGCCGUCAUUUCGCUCUCCAUCAAGCCCAAGCACAGCAAGGACACGGCCAACUUUUCCAAGGCCAUGAACCGAUUCCAGCGCGAGGACCCGACUUUCCGUGUGCACGUCGACCCCGAGUCUCAGGAGACCAUCAUCUCCGGUAUGGGCGAGCUCCACUUGGAUAUUUACGUCGAACGUAUGCGCCGUGAGUACCGGGUCGACUGCGAGACUGGCCAGCCUCAAGUCGCAUACCGUGAGACCAUGACGGCGCGCGUGCCCUUUGACCAUACGUUGAAGAAGCAAACCGGUGGUGCGGGAGACUAUGCCCGCGUCAUGGGUUGGAUGGAGCCUACUGGCGCGCUCGAGGCCAACCAAUUCGAGCAGCAAGUCGUUGGUGGCUCGAUUUCCGAGAAAUUCUUGUUUGCUUGCGAAAAAGGAUUCAUGGCCUCCUGCGAGAAGGGUCCCUUGCUCGGCCACCGCGUCUUGGGCACCAGCAUGGUCAUCAACGAUGGUGCUACCCACAUGACUGACUCGUCCGAAAUGGCAUUCAAGAUUGCCACGCAGCAGGCUUUCCGCAAGGCCUUUAACGAGGGCCGGCCCCAGAUCCUCGAGCCCCUGAUGAAGACUACCAUUACUGCUCCAAACGAGUUCCAGGGUAACAUUGUUGGUAUCUUGAACAAGCGCAAUGCUGUGAUUAACGACACCGAGAUUGGCGUCGACGACUUUACCCUCUACGCCGAUUGCAGUUUGAACAGCAUGUUUGGCUUCUCAUCCAUGCUCAGAGCCGCUACCCAGGGCAAGGGAGAGUUUACCAUGGAAUUCAGUCACUAUGCUCCCGCCCCGCCCCAGCUGCAAAAGGAGCUCAUUGCCAAGCACCAAAAGGCCCAAGCCGACCGCCACAAGAAAUAAAUGAGCAUACAUCCUCUAUGAGCGGUUCGUGUCUUCCUUUCCAAAUUGCACCGACUCGGUGUGCUCAGGGAUGAUAUUCGCUGCACAACGGUCAAACAUUCGACGUCCAUGAUAUACGACCAAUGCUUUUAAAGCACACUAUUCCGAGAUUUAUCCAAAAGCGGGUUAUAUUUGAUAUCCAUGCUAAUUUAACUUUUGUGGAAACGGCAUGGCGGCAGGGAAAAUGCAAAGAAAAUCUAAAGUGUUUUUAAUAUCAUCACAUACAACCCUAACCCACUCCGCUUCUUCUUGUACUUUUUUUUUCUUACCUUCUUCAGUCUCUGUACUGGACAUGGAUUAUUAGCCUUUGUCUCGGGUUGACUAGAUUAAGAUUGCAUUGAUUGUUUUUUCCUUUUUGUUCUGGUCAAACUUGGGGU